AUGGGACUCCUCCGGCCCCGCGAGCGUCUGCUCCUGAACGCCCUCAAGAAGGAGGCAGACAUCCGCUACAGAGGGAGGCGCAUGCACAAGCGCUUUCGCUCGUGGUCGCAGCAAAGGGUCCGCCAUUAUUGGCUUCCACAGAAAGUUUGCAUCACGAGCGACCCGCGGGCGAUGGAUGGUGCCUACAUUGCAGCCAGCGUGCAGAAAGCCGCGACCCUCCGCAAGCACGAUCUCCAGCUGUGGCACGGCUUUUCUCGACGCAUUCUGGAGCUCGCCGACAGCUUGACGCCUCAGCAAAUGGGAUACAUCUUUUACGGGUACGGGAAGAGUUUGUUUCGUCACGAGGAGCUCUACCGCGGGCUGCUCCCCUACGUCGUGGACGCCCUGCCCGAGUUCCACAGUCACGCGCUCAUGACCGUCGCCUGGGCGCUGGAGCGCGUGCGAGUCAACGACCGCGCCGCCGUCGCGCAGAUAGCCGAGGAGGCGCUCGCGAAAAAGGACAUCAUGCGCCCAGCCGACUUUAUAAAAAUCGUCACGUGCGUCGCGCGCAUGGGCGCAGGCACGCCGUCGCUGAGUGCCGCACUCUCCGAAGAGCUGCUGCGCGUGCUGGACGAGAAGUGCAACGCGCUGCAGUUUCGCGCGGCGGUAGACCCCGUGGCGAUGACGACUCUGUACUCAGACCCGCUCAAGAUCUACAUCCUCGAACGCUUCACGAAAACGGCGAUGUGCUGUCGCCCUGCGCACUACCAGAAGGCGUUUCAGAGCGCUGUGGCGCUCCGCGUCCUCCAGCCCCACCUUUGGCAGCAGCUCUCGAAGGCUGUUCGCAAUUUUUACAUUCGUCUGAGCUUGAGGAGGAUUCCGCAGCGCGCGCGACGACCCUCGCCUCUUCACUGGGACGUCUCCAACGCCCUGGCAAAGCUCGGCGUCUUCCAUCGAAACACUUUCCAUUGGGGCUGUUUCUGGAUCGAUAUCGGAGAAAUCGACGACCGCCGCCAGUGCUGGUUCGUGGACGGGCCCUCUGAUUUUUACUCCUCCACGCACGAGUACACAGAGGCGAACAAACUGCAGCACAGAAUUCUGUCCGAGCUCGGCUGGAACAUUCGCCGCGUGCGCUGGACAGACUGGGUGAAGCUCGGGACAGACAUGGACGCCAAAGUGGAAUUCCUCAGAAAGCUGCGCGAGCGCCCGCCGUGGCCGGCGGUGUUGAGCGACGGACCCCGCUCCAGCAGAGAGGAGAUGACGCAGAACUUGAAGGCCGCGCGCAGCAUUCAACUCGCGCUCAAGGAGAGGCGCGACAGGAACCGCCAGCCGCACUCUCUCGUGAUGAAUCUCGCGUAG